GUUCGCUUUAGCCAAGUUGUCAUGCUAAAAUGGAAACAUUGGAUAACGACGCCGUCAACGAGGCCGUAAGUCUGACUGGAUCGAGUGAGGAGGAAGAGUUGAGGCCCAGUUCGUGUGCGAACCCAAAGAAUGACAGCAUGGAGAAACAUAAGCGGAAGAAACACAAACAUCAUAGCAAACACAGAAAACAGAAAUAUUCACCAGCGGAGGAGAAGGAACACAGGCACAAGCACAGACACAAGCAUAAAAAGCGAAAACGCAGAAAUUCUUCCAAGAUGGAUGAUGACUACUGUCUUGAGGACACGGCUGAAUCUUUCCUAUCAAAAAGGUCUAGACUGGAUGAUUUGGCAGCUUUGGAGGCGUUGGAGAGGCAAAGAGCCAUGAUCCAAGCAGAGCUUGAUAAUGAGCUGAUGGAGGGAAGGGUGCAUUCAGGAAUGGGGUUAAUAUUGCAAGGAUAUAACUCUAGCUCGGAGGAGGAGGAGAUCCCAGAAAGGAGAUGUAAUGGAGUGGAUGAAUGGACAAAUACGGAGCAGCUUUAUAUGGCUAAGGUACCAGAAAGCUAUCUUGUUGCUAAAGAUGCUGAAAGAAGUCAGCAUGAUUCCAUAGACUUUAAAAAACUGAGUUCCCGGCGACGCAGCAGAAGCAGGUCUAAGGAGAGAACUGUCAACCAGCACACCUCGGAUAAAGGAAAAAGUAGAACCGGACCUGAUGCUGAGGAUAAGGAGAGAACUCCUGGUCCAAAUCCAUCUUUGGAAAUGAAGCCGUCCCGUAACAUUCAGCAGUCCAGAGAUGCCGGUCCAGGAUCACAAUCUCCUGUGAUAUCUAGAAAACAGGAGACAUGCAAGAAUCCAGAGACAAAACAAGAAAGUAAAAGGGACUCUUCACCUUCAAUCCGACAGCCUCACAGCCCCCCUAAAUCACCGCAGAGGACAAGACGCUCCAGAUCUAAAGACAGACAUGAGUGUCUUCCUCAGUCGGACCACAAACGAGACAGGGACAGGACCUCAAUCAGGUCUUCUCCUAAGGAGCUCCUAACAGGCAAGGAGAAUAGAUCCCCUCAGAAAAGGCAAGGCCAAAGUUCCACACUGAAUGUUUCUUCUCAAAGGACCAGGGAGCAUCGAUCCCCUCAGCAUCCCAGCUGCCGCUCCACACCCCGCAACAGAUCCCCAGCCAGGAGGGGUCGAUCUCGCUCCACUGAAAGGAGACAACGAGACUCUGACCGCCAGAAGCUUUCACCUGUCUGGAUGCGUUCUCGUGAUGACACAGGCAGUUACAGACAGCGAAGUCCUUCUCAAGGCUUUAAAGGGAGGCUAAGCAGAUCUCCCAGGAGACGCCCUAGCAGGUCUCCUCUUCCCAGGCGAAGGCCUGGGAAACACGACAGAUUGGAUCACAGGCAGCAGCAGCGACUGGGGUCUCAGAAACUGAGGAGAAAAAGUAAAGAGAAAGACGACAAGUUCAAGGGCAGUCUUUCUGAAGGCAUGAGAGCGGAGCAGGAUGAAUCCGAUGAUGACGUACUGGAGGAUUUCGAUGUGGAUGAAGAUAAUGAAGAAUCUCUGAUAGAGCAGAGGCGGCUUCAGCGCUUGGCAAUUGUGCAGAAAUAUAAAGGAGUGAGCGAUGAUACGACUAAGUCCGGGGAUGAUAGUCCUCAGAGUGCCAGCCGCUCACCCUCUCCAGACGACGUCCUUGAGCGAGUCGCAGCUGACAUCGAGGAUUUUGAUCAAGAAACCCUUGACAUCUUUGAGCCUGACAUAAAGACCAAACAUGUGCACAGCCAGGAGAAAAAUGGAGCUAAUAUGAAGAAGAUCUCAGCACCUGACAUGUUCACAGAGUCGGAUGACAUGUUCGCUGCUUACUUUGACAGUGCAAAGAUGCGAGCGGUCGGUAUUGGAAAGGACUUCAAGGAAAACCCCAGUCUCAAAGACAACUGGACAGAUUCCGAGGGCUAUUAUCGGGUGAACAUCGGAGAGAUGCUGGAUAAGCGGUAUGACGUGUAUGGCUACACCGGACAGGGUGUGUUUAGUAAUGUUAUCCGUGCAAGGGAUUUAGCUCGUGCUGGUCAGGAGGUUGCAAUAAAGAUCAUACGCAACAAUGAGCUCAUGCAGAAGACGGGCCUUAAAGAGCUGGACUUUCUGAAGAAGCUGAAUGACGCAGACCCAGACGAUAAAUUCCACUGUGUGCUUCUCUUCAGGCACUUCUACCAUAAGCAGCACCUGUGUUUAGUGUUUGAACCACUCAGUAUGAACCUGCGGGAGGUGCUGAAGAAGUAUGGUAAAGACGUGGGUCUCCACAUUAAGGCAGUGCGUUCCUACAGCCAUCAACUCUUCCUGGCCCUUAAACUCCUCAAGCGCUGUAAUAUUCUUCAUGCUGACAUCAAACCCGAUAACAUCCUGGUAAACGAGUCCAAGACCAUACUCAAGCUUUGUGACUUUGGCUCAGCUUCUCACAUCGCUGAGAACGACAUCACGCCCUACCUGGUCAGCCGGUUCUACCGAGCUCCUGAGAUCAUCAUUGGAAAGCCGUACGAUUAUGGAAUCGACAUGUGGUCUGUGGGCUGCACACUGUACGAGCUCUACACGGGGAAAAUCCUCUUGCCCGGAAAGACCAACAAUCACAUGCUUAAACUUGCCAUGGACCUUAAAGGAAAAAUGCCCAACAAGAUGAUCAGGAAAGGCUUGUUCAAGGACCAGCACUUUGAUCAAAACCUAAACUUCUUGUAUACAGAGGUAGAUAAAGUCACAGAACGGGAGAAAGUGACCGUGAUGAGCAGCAUCAACCCCACCAAGGACCUGCUAAACGACAUGGUGGGCCGCCAAAGGUUACCAGAGGAGCAGCGGAAGAAGGUGGUUCAGCUCAAAGAUCUUCUGGAUCAGAUCCUGGUGCUUGACCCGGCUAAAAGGAUCAGCAUCAACCAGGCCCUGCAGCAUGCCUACAUCCAGGAAAAAAAUUAACCGCUGGUCCACAGAUCUGAGGACUUACCGGAUCAAGCACUCACAAUCGACCAGCAAAGUGAUGGUUUUGUAUAUAUUGACACGACUACAGAUGAGACAUUUUAAUAUUUAAGUAACGUUAAAGCGUUUGAUGACCUAAAUGGCAGAGUUAUUUUAGCUUUAUUUUAAAAUUAUGCUCCUUUGCUGAAGUAUGAAUUAUUGCUCUUGGCGCUUGAACGAUCUUCAGGGUGUUUUAUAAAGUCUCGAGUAGAUUUGUUUUGACCUUUUAUUGUCUUUUCCUGACAGAAUUACGGGAAAUCAUGACUGCAGCUGGGAAGCUCAGUCUAUCUGUAUUAAAUGCACAUGCUGUAAUCUGAGUCUGAAUACGCCACUCCUGACACACUGUACAUGAUGACAAUGUUGGUUCAGCGUAAAUGCCGUCUUAUUCCACAUCUCUCUCAGGUGUUAAGAGUGGCAGCGUCCACUGGUGCACUGGCCUGUAGGUGUGUGUCUGCUGAACCUCAUGAACCCUACCAGAGCCCAUCUGCAGGGAAAGCCAUCUCUGUAAAGGCAGGUUGUGUUCCUCUAUCAGUACACUGAAGGAGCAUUCCUCAUCUGCUCUAUGAAAUCUGCUUGUUUUGAGCGUGAGAGUAUUAUCUCCGGCCAAAGGAGCUUCUUCUCUGUGCACCAUCCUUCAGAGACAAGACCACCACAAGGCCCCCUACGCAGGUCUCUUCUAAAGGCAUGUGUAGCUUCAACAUAGCAUAGACAGAGAAUAUCGUUCAAUAUCAAACUGAAACAUAGAUAACAGUCAAUUAUGUGGAAAUAUGAACGCAUUUCAAAUUUGAUGUCUGCAACACACGUGUUUACUUUCUGAGAGCUCCAAGGUAAUGCACAUGUAAUGGCUUUUCCCCUUUCGCACACUGAAAUCUUUUCACAAUUUUAUGAACCGUAGAUGGUAAAAGAAUAAAUUAUUAGCACUUGUAUUGAGAAGGUUUCUUUUUUUGAACUGGUUAGCAGUUCUCUC